AUGUUAAGCUAGACGCAGCAAAAUAUACUUCAGACUUUGAUCAGAAACUGCUGGAGAUGGCAAGUUAGUACACUGAAAGCACUCUGGGUGUGAGAAGAGAGUCACAAGUUUUUCUGUGCAGCCUGACGAAGAGUAGAUACACAGGACAGGUUGUGAUGGCAGAGGCACAGGGGCCGAUCUUGGCUGCCGUGCUGCUCCUCAUCUCUGGGCUCCAUUGCUCCUCUCCUCCACCUGCCUGCCCAGAGUCUUGCACCUGUCAGACAGCACUCCUGCUGAACUGUUCAUCCUCUGGGCUCUCCUCAGUGCCACAACACAUCCAAGACUCUGUCACUGAGCUGGACUUGUCUCACAAUCUCCUUGAUUCUGUAACCCUCCACCGGCCACAUCAUAACCUCAGGAAUGUAUGGCUGGGAAACAACAGUAUCACACACUUGUCUCUCUGCAUAGAGAGAAACCCGGGAAGCCAGUCUGUCAGAGGUAGAUAUGUACAUCGCUUGAGACCUUGGAGCAGACAUGGAUGUGUAUCUUGGGCCCCCACCCUGCAGCUGCUAUCUGUUGAGAGGAAUCAGCUGGUGCAACUCCCAGAGGGGCUGGAAGGUAGUGCGUCCUUAUGGGUUCUGCAGCUCUCCUUCAACAGGAUCUCAAGUUUGCGACCAGGAGACCUUAGCCACCUUCGACAGCUGAAAGAGCUACACCUACAACAUAACCUCAUCACAAAUCUCCAUCCACAAAUGUUCCAGGAUUUAGCCCAGCUCAGGGUCCUUGAUCUGAGCUUCAACAUGUUGACCAGCCUCCAUCCUUUGAUGUACCUCUCUUUGCGUAACAUUGGGGCAGAUGUUGAGCUGCGUGGGAACAGGUGGCAGUGUGAUUGCAGCAUGCGCAGUUUAAGAAGGCGGAUGGCCUAUGACAGUAGCUUAGGUCUGCAGGCCUGGAGCAUGGUCUGUGCCUCCCCCUCUAUCCUCUCAGGCAAAGAUCUGCUACAGUUGGAGGAGGACGAUCUAAACUGUUUUGGUACUGAAAACAGGCCAGAGCUCCAUCGAGAUGUGACCGUUUAUAGUGGCUCUGAGAUACUGCUUUCUUGCUCUGCACAAGACUCGACGUGGUGGAUGCCCAGUGGUCAAGCAUCUGUGAGCCAACCUCAGGCUGAGCUGCUCAUCAGUGAUGUCACAGAGAGAAACACAGGACUAUAUGUGUGUAUGUCUGAAGAAGAUGAAGUUGUGUCUGUUUUUAACCUCCAAAUCAGUAGAAUAGGAGGUGCAAGUAGAAAAACUAGAAGUUUACCCAGAACAAGCCAACAAGCAAUCCCACAGGACACCCCAAAUAGGACAGGUCAAGAAAGGAAUCAGAGAGCUACACAGUCUACCUUGGCUCUGGCUGUGUGUCUGUCUGUUUUCAUCACAUUUCUCAUAGCAUUUAUCCUUGGGGUCUUAGCAAGACCUUGUAUUGAUGUUCUUUGGACAAAGGCCACCAACAAGGAAAGCCACUCUGAAACUAACUCUGUCCCAUCUGGAGAACAAAGACAAUAUGACAAUGAGGCCUACUCCAAUGGUGAGGAACCAGAAGAGAUAGUACCACACAGGGAAAGGAGAGUCACAUUUAGCUCUAUAGACUUUAGAGAAGAAAGUAAUGUACAAUAUUAUGAUACCGUAGCUAGUGGCGAUCAGGAAAGCAUCAAUAAUGACGCAGAGAUGAAAUGUGAAGCUACUAAGGUUGAGGAUGAUGAUCAUGCAGCUGGAGAUUCAGGAAGUGAAAACAGCUUACAACAGAGUACAGAGGAUGGCAGAGACCUCUCAGGUGCCACUGAUGCAGGCCGCACACACCAAAUGGAGUUUGAGCACAUCCCAGACCCUGUUGAGCUGGAGGAGAGAAGAGGCUCGUCUUCAUCCUCAGAUUCUGACAGGGCAUUAAAAGAGGACCACAUAACCCAGGGAGACCACACAAGACCCAAGUCUCCUCAGCUGACAGAGGACAAUGUUCAGCAGAGAGCUGAUUUCUCAUCAUCUAGAGAAGCAGAGGUGCCACAAAUUUCUAUAGAGGGCAGCAGUGAAAUUCCUGGAUUUUCUUCUGAGCCCUUUGCAGAUUGGUCACCACAUACAAAUAUCACUCCUGAUCUGUGGCAGGAGAAUGGAGAACAGUUUGAAUUUAGUGAUUCUGUUCGAAGUACAUCUGCAAGGUCCAGCAGCAUGUUUGGUUCUUUUAAUGAUGCAAAACUGAUUGGGAUACCCACUUCAGAUAGACAGAGUGAGGAUGAUGUGUCCAGCUCCAGUUCACAUGUCAGUGAGGAUGAACCUACACAAUACACUGUGAAUUCAGAACAGGAGGAGGAAUACGAUAUAGAAAGGAACCACAACAAGUCUGAGAUCUCUAGCACUUGCCUUGAGCAGGAUGCUAGGCCUUCAUUUGGAUUUGAUCAAGGUGAUAACAGACAUGAUCCACAAAGGCCUGCAGAGAAACCAGAGCAUUCCUCUUCCUCUCAUUCCAGUGACAGUGAUGGGGAGUCAAUGCAGUACACAGUCAAACAACUUACAGAUGAAAGAGAUACCAAGGAGAGAGUAAAGCCCAUGCCACACACAAAAUGGCAUGGUCUCAGUUUGGGUGUUACUGCUUUUGGUAAGAGUCUGGAUACCAGGGCACCUUCACCACCUACAGCGUAUUCAUCCUCUUCAAGCAUUGAAAGUGAAGCAGAAAUCACAGCCAAACCAAAACACAAUAAAGGCAGAGUAAGCCAAAUCAAGAAGCGUUUAGACAUCAAUGCCCAAGCUUCUGACUUAUCUUCUAGUGAUGAGACUACAGAUGAAACAAAAAAACAUAAAAAGAAGCAAGAGCAAGGAGAGGUGGACAUGGCAAGGCUUCAGUUUCAAACAGUAAGUCAUGAUUCAAACACACGGUGGCCAGCCGUAGACCUUAAGCACGCUAAACACAUCCAGAAUCGUCUAAAUAUCAAAGCACCAUCACUGGAUUCUGAUUUAUCUUCUAGUAGUGACAGUCAGGAUGAAGCUGUAAACCGCAUAUGGAAACAUGAACAAGGGGAGGUGCAUAUUUCAAAAUCAUCUCAAGCAAAAAGUAAUGAUCCAGAAACACAGAGGUCUGCCCUACAUCUUGAGCACACAAAACACAUCCAGAACCGUCUAGAUAGCAAAGCACCAUCACCAGAUUCAUCCUCUGGUAGUGAUAGUGAUGAUGAAACAACAUAUCAAACAGAGAGGCCAGGGAAGCUUCCAUUGCAAACAUCUCAAACAUUAAGUUAUGAUCCACAUGCAAAGUGGCCGGUACUAGAUAUUGGUAAUAUUCCUUCCAUCAAGAGGCAUCUAGAUGUCAAAGCACCAUCACUAUCCCCUGAAUCAUCUUCUAGUAGUGACAGUGAGAAUGAAACAACACAUCACACAGAGAGGCCUGUGAAGGUGGGCAUUGCUGAACUCCCACUGCAAAAAUCUCAGACAGAAAGACAUAAUCUAGAUGCAACAUGGCCUGCUGUAGAUCUUGAACACAUUCCUAACAUCAAGAGGCGUUUAGAUAUCAAAGCACCAUCACUGCCUCUUGAUUCAUCUUCUAGUAGUGACAGUGAGGAUGAAACAACAAACCACAUAAAGAAACAGGAACGAGGGGAGAUACAUAAGGAGAGGUUUCCAAUUAAAGCAUCUCAAACAGUAAGUCAUGAUCCAGAUGCAAAGUGGCCUGCCCUACACCUUGAGCAUACUACACACAUCAAGAGGCGUCUAGAUAUCAAAGCACCUUCACCAGACUCUACUUCAGUUUCUAGUAGUGACAGUGAGGAUGAAACAGCUGGGUGCACAGUGAAGAAGAGGCCAGCAAAGGUGGACAUUGCAAUACUGCAAAAAUCUCAAACAUUAGGUCAUGAUGAAAAAGCAAGGUGGCCUGCCGUAGAUCUUGAGCACGUUCCCAGCAUCAAGAGACGUCUAGAUAUCAAGGCACCUCCUGAAUCAUCUUCUAGUAGUGACAGUGAGGAUGAAAGAACAAACUGCAUAAAGAAACAAGGGGAGAUACACAUGGCAACUGUUCCAGUUAAAGCAUCUCAAACUGUGAGUCAUGACCCAAAGACACAGUGGCCUGCUCUUGAUCUUGAGCAAACUAGACGCAUCAAGAGGCGUCUAGAUAUCAAAGCACCAUCACUGGACUCUGAUUCAUCUUCUAGUAGUGGCAGUGAGGGUGAAACAAAGGACUGCAUAGUGAAACAGUGGCCAGCACAAGUGGACAUUGCCAGUAACAGCAAAAUCUCAAACAGUAAGUCAUGA